CUGCGAGGGAGGAGGAGGAAGAGGGAAAACAUGGCGGCCGCGGUGCUGUGACUGACACACAGGGCCAGACCCGGGAACAGAGGGCGGAGACACCGGGAUUCAGCGGAGAGUGGCGGCCGGGAUCACUCAGCUCAGGCCCGGCCUCCUCCUCUCACUUUCCCGCCAGGAGACGCGAGGGGCCCCCCGGGGCCGGCACUGGGAGCAGUCCGGGGAUCCUGGGCCGCGCUUCAACCGGCAACGCGGACUGACAGAGCAGCUACGGGGGUCAGGAAAGGCCGGGGAUCGCGGCCUGGUGACCGAGUUACGGGUGUCGGGAAGCAGCGGGGACCCGGGCCGUGGCGGUGGGGGAGCGGGGUGCGGGGCGGUCGGAAGCUGGGGCCUGCUGGCCUGGUAACGGGUGUCGGGAAACGCAGGCGCUCGGGGCUCAGAAAGAAGCGCGCUCCGGGCCCGCCGUGCCGGGGCACAAGCCUUAGGAGAGACCGGGGCUCGGGGCCUGCACGCCGGCCCAGGGGAGUGAGGAAAGGCCGGGGCUCGGGGCCUGUGCGGGGGAGGGCAGGCCGGGGAGCGCGGGCCGGUAAGCGGGGUGCGGGGGGCAGGGCAGGCUCCGGGCCUGCUGGGAGCUGUGUGCGGGGCGGGAGAGGCCGCGGAUCCGGCACCAUGACCGACACCCGGCGGAGGGUCAAGGUUUACACCCUGAAUGAGGACCGGCAGUGGGAUGAUCGAGGAACCGGCCAUGUGUCCUCCGGCUAUGUGGAGCGGCUGAAGGGCAUGUCCCUGCUAGUCAGGGCGGAGAGUGACGGUAAGUGGGCACUCACUGUACUCUGAGCUUACACUCAGUAUCAAACUCAUCACUAUAGAGGACCAUGCUGUACCCUCACUCCAUGGACUGAGGGGAAGGGACACCAUGCUGUACCCUCACUCCAUGGACUGAGGGGAAGGGGCACCAUGCUGUACCCUCACUCCAUGGACUGAGGGGAAGGGACUCCAUGCUGAACUCUCACUCCAUGGACUGAGGGGAAGGGACACCAUGCUGUACCCUCACUCCAUGGACUGAGGGGAAGGGGCACCAUGCUGUACCCUCACUCCAUGGACUGAGGGGAAGGGGCACCAUGCUGUACCCUCACUCCAUGGACUGAGGGGAAGGGACUCCAUGCUGAACUCUCACUCCAUGGACUGAGGGGAAGGGGCACCAUGCUGUACCCUCACUCCAUGGACUGAGGGGAAGGGGCACCAUGCUGUACCCUCACUCCAUGGACUGAGGGGAAGGGGCACCAUGCUGUACCCUCACUCCAUGGACUGAGGGGAAGGGGCACCAUGCUGUACCCUCACUCCAUGGACUGAGGGGAAGGGGCACCAUGCUGUACCCUCACUCCAUGGACUGAGGGGAAGGGACACCAUGCUGUACCCUCACUCCAUGGACUGAGGGGAAGGGACACCAUGCUGUACCCUCACUCCAUGGACUGAGGGGAAGGGACACCAUGCUGUACCCUCACUCCAUGGACUGAGGGGAAGGGACACCAUGCUGUACCCUCACUCCAUGGACUGAGGGGAAGGGGCACCAUGCUGUACCCUCACUCCAUGGACUGAGGGGAAGGGACACCAUGCUGUACCCUCACUCCAUGGACUGAGGGGAAGGGACACCAUGCUGUACCCUCACUCCAUGGACUGAGGGGAAGGGACACCAUGCUGUACCCUCACUCCAUGGACUGAGGGGAAGGGACACCAUGCUGUACCCUCACUCCAUGGACUGAGGGGAAGGGACACCAUGCUGUACCCUCACUCCAUGGACUGAGGGGAAGGGACACCAUGCUGUACCCUCACUCCAUGGACUGAGGGGAAGGGACACCAUGCUGUACCCUCACUCCAUGGACUGAGGGGAAGGGACACCAUGCUGUACCCUCACUCCAUGGACUGAGGGGAAGGGACACCAUGCUGUACCCUCACUCCAUGGACUGAGGGGAAGGGACACCAUGCUGUACCCUCACUCCAUGGACUGAGGGGAAGGGACACCAUGCUGUACCCUCACUCCAUGGACUGAGGGGAAGGGACACCAUGCUGUACCCUCACUCCAUGGACUGAGGGGAAGGGGUACAAUGCUAUACCAUCACUACUUUCACUAAGUGAAGGGAACACCAUGCCUCAUUACAUACACAUGUACAUAAUGCUAUCUUCUGCUCCAUGCACUGAGUGGAAGUAGUAUCAUGCUAUAUCCCUACUGCAUGAACAGAGUGGAGGAUUCUCCAUUUUGUGCCCUCAUCACAUUCAUUAAGUGUAUACCAUGCUUUACUGCAGAGUUCUAAAUUUGUUGCUACCAAUUGGUUAAUGAAACUUUAGCCCUGGUACUCCAUGCACUGAGCACAGGGGGUCACCAUGUUAUACUCUCAUUUCAUUGAUUCAAUGCAAUACAUUUUCUACAUGCAAUGAGUGCAAAGCACACAAUAAUGCAAUAUUCCUUUGUGCCCUUAGUGGUGGAAAUCUUACAGUAUACAGUCAUGGUCCUUAUUCCAUGCAAUAAAUAAAAGGGACAGUGUUACAUCCUUUAUAUAAGAAAUGUGUACAGUUUGCAUGAAAAACGCACAUUUUUUAUACAACAUAUUUCAGCCAUGCUUCUUCAUUGCUCAUUCCUAACAGAAGAUAACUGUUGGUGUGGAAUGUUUUGCCGUAUGACUUUUUCAUUUUGUGUUUAUUACAGAUGUGCGUUAUAGCCUAAUUUUAAAGGGACACUAUAGGCACCAAAACAACUUUAGUUUAAUGAAGCAGUUUUGGUGUAUAGAUCAUGUCCCUGCAAUCUCACUAUUCAGUUCUCUGCUAUUUAGGAGUUAAAUCACUUUGUUCAUGCAGAUCUAGUCUCACCUCUCUGUAUAUGACUUACAAAACUAUUCUAAACACUUCCUGUAAAAACUUAUGUUCAAUCCCUCCUCAUACUCUCCCCUGGCUAGGGAGUUACCAUAGUAACCAUAGCACAUGUGCUGUGGUUCUUUUGAGUGGAGAGCAGAGUGAUCUUUUCUGCUCCCCAUAACUGAAUUACUAGGCAUUCACUGUAUGCCGAAGACUUGAGUCAGAUUGGAGAAAAACUUGAAUAAAUUUUUCUCCAAAUCUAUACAUUUGCUAUUAAAAUAGCUAACAUAAUGUAUAGAUGGAAUUUCAAUCUCCUUUAACCCCUUAAGGAUCAAACUUCUGGAAUAAAAGGGAAUCAUGACAUGUCACACAUGUCAUGUGUCCUUAAGGGGUUAAAGGACCACUAUAGUGCCAGGAAAACACUCGUUUUCCUGGCACUAUAGUGCCCUGAGGGUGCCCCCACCCUCAGGGUCCCCAUCCCGCCAUGCUCUGGGAAAAGGAAAGGGGUUAAAACUUACCUUUCUCCAGCGCUGGGCGAGGAGCUCUCCUCCUCCGUUCCUACCAUUCGGCUGAAUGCGCAUGCGUGGCAAGAGCUGCGCGCGCAUUCAGCCGGUCACAUAGGAAAGCAUUUACAAUGCUUUCCUAUGGACGCUUGCGUGCUCUCACUGUGAUUUUCACAGUGAGAAUCACGCAAGCGCCUCUAGCAGCUGUCAAUGAGACAGCCACUAGAGGAAUUGGAGGAAGGAUUAACCCAUUUGUAAACAUAGCAGUUUCUUUGAAACUGCUAUGUUUAUAAAAAAAAUGGGUUAAUCGUAGCUGGACCUGGCACCCAGACCACUUCAUUAAGCUGAAGUGGUCUGGGUGCCUAGAGUGGUCCUUUAAUAGAGCUAAAGUUGUUUUGAUGCCUAUAGAUUCCCUUUAAGCACUUGAAUCAUCUAUAUAAAAAAACUAAAAGGUAGCAGUUAUGUUUUGGUGAGAAAGUUCUUGUCUGUAUGAUAUCACGAAAAGAAUAGCAAAAACACACAAAAACAAACUGGGGUGACUGACACUUUUAAGAUAUAUUGCCAAAAUGCAAUUGUCUCACUCUUUCUUAUGUUUCAGCAGCAUAUAUACACCAAAUCAGUUUGUGACUUUUUUGUGUGUGUGUCCCCAAAUUGUAGGUUUUGUUGAUGAAAGGCGCUAGAUAAACUUCUUAUAUAAUUAUAAUGAUAUUAAAUAUUUACUUUGUUAAACAAAAUAUGAAAAUUCUACUCAGAAGCCCCCAGAAAUUAUAGAUUAUAAAGCUGUGUUUGUGGUGCGCGUGACUCCUGGUUUUUGUUAAGCUUCUUAGAAAUUUUGAUUUAAAAACAAAACACUAAACACUCAGAGGACCUUCACUCAAAAACUCCUUGCACAAUAGCAUGUAUAAUAAGCUGUAGCAAUUGUGGUGCUUAGUUAAUUUUGAAAUGGCUACAUAGAUGUAAAGGUGAGGUUCUUUCAUCAGUACUAAUUUUAAUCCCUGAUAGUAAUUGGGUAAGAAUUUAACAUAUUUAAAAUCCUUAUGAACUACUGUAAGAUAUUCUAGGACCAUGUGACCAUAAGGUGAAUCUUGCAUUGUAAACUUACAACUAACAAGAUGCAUUGCCAGUAGUGAUGUCCCGAACGGUUCGCCGCGGACGGCGAACAUAUGACCCUGUACCUCACAGUCAGCAGACACAUUCCAGCCAAUCAGCAGCAGACCCUCCCACCUCCUGGACAGCUCACUAAGAAUGCAGCUUCAAAAUGGAUGCUGUCCAGGAGGUGGGAGGGAGGGUCUGCUGCUGAUUGGCUGGAAUGUGUCUGCUGACUGUGAGGUACAGGGUCAUAUGUUCGCCGUCCGCGGUCAUCACUAAUUGCCAGCCAUAAGACAAUGUUUUAAAUAGCUGUUAUACAUAAAACAAUUUUCAUGACAGGAGUGCAUCAUUUCUUAAAAAGGAACUCUCCAAUCACCUUAAUCAUUACAGGCUGCUGUAGAAGUCGUCAAACCAUAACUCCCUCAGCACAGUUUGUCCUUUCAUUGUAAGAAGUUAAAUUGUUUUAGAAUGGUUCGAGUUCGUACCUGGCGUUGCUGGGCUCCGUUCCCUACCUCCAUUACUUCCUAUGGAGAGCUGGAAUGUUUUUUAUGAGCUACGCCUGGUGGUGCAGUGCUUAGCUUAUUGUCUGAGAGUGACUUGCUGACUCUCAGCCAAUGAGCUAGCCCUGAAAUGCAAGGCUUAGCUCUGGAGAGCUAAUAGAAGCUCCUGCUUAUGUCUUUGUAGCACUCCAUGGGAAGUAGAAGAGGUAGGGAUAACCACUCUGUGUACCAUAGGUAAGAAGCCAAACUGUUGUAAACUGGUUUUACUUCUUACAGUGCUGUAGUGGUUAUAGUACUUGGGUUUUUCCUUUAAACCGUUACGUUUAAUCAGGGCUUGCCAAAUUUUCUUGUAAUCUAGCAGCCAGCUAAAAAAGUUGGAGCCAAAAUAAACUAACAACGCUUUAUUUUCAAUGACAAAAAUAUAAUUCUUAAAGGUACAAGAUAGUUACCAGUCCAGAACCACUACAGCUUAAUGUAUUGGUUCUGGUAUCUAUUACCUGUCCCUGGAGUUUUCAAUGUAAACAAUGCCUUUUCAGAGAAAGGCAGUGCUUACAUUGCUGCCUAGUAACAUCUAGUGAAAAUUACUCAGAUGGCCAGUAGACGUGCUUCCUUCCACAGUGUACAGCAUCUUGGCUCAGUGUCUUCAUGCUCUGCAUGAAGGUGCUGAAUGUUCUCCAUAGAUUCAAUACAUGUAGGUGAGGAGAUGCUAAUUGGUGCAGCACAGUGUUUUACUAAGCAUGUGCAAUAGCCUCCCAAUUCCUUCCCAUGAGAAAGCACUGGAUUGGCUGAGAUCAUCAAGAUUGAUUACCAGACGGCAACUAGAGGUGCUUCCUGCUGUUUAGCUCCUUUGUUUGAGUACGUCCAGCGUCUUGCAAAACCCCAUCCUAUGGGGAAGGCGUAGGGGGCAGAGGAACACUUUUGUGUUUCAAGUACAGUUUUGUAUUCCUAACACUAUAGUGUUACCUUAAAAAAAAAAUUAUGCCUCCAGGACUUUAUCACUGUAUUGAUGGCUCUGUUUGUAGCAAACAUUUAGCAAAAAAUGCACAGUGAGACCAAUAAGGAUGGGGAAUUUUAUGCCUGAAGAGGUGAUUCAAUAUGUCUACUUGCAAACACAUAAUAUUCCGGUAUAUAAUUUGUAGUAUGUGGGGUUUGUUGCAAAAAGUGUCAAAUACAUUUUUUUUCUUUUUUUCUUUUGGAUCAACAGCAAAAACAUGUGAGACUGAAGAUGCAAGUCUCUUUUUCAGCCUAUGUAACUAUAUAAUGUAAACCAGAGGAGUGGAGGGCCCUGUCCAAAGGAACUUUUUAAAAAUAAACAUCUUCAACCUAGCUCAUAUUUAAAGGACCAGUAGAGUGCCAGGAAAACGUGUUAGGGUCUUUAGGUCCCCCACUCCCGCUGGGCUGAAGGAGGCUGAAGGGGUUAAAACACUUACCUUUCUCCAGCGCCGGGCUCCCUCUGCGCUGAUGAACUCUCCUCCUUCUGCCGACAUCAGCUUUCUCAAUGCUUUCCUAUGGACGUCCAGCGUCUUCUCACUGUGAUUUUCACAGUGAGAAUCGCGGAAGCACCUCUAGCGGCUGUCAGUGAGACAGCCACUAGAGGCUGGAUUAACCCUCAGUGAAACAUAGCAGUUUAUCUGAAACUGCUAUGUUUACAGCUGCAGGGUUAACACUAGAGGGAUCUGGCACCCAGACCACUUCAUUGAGCUAUCCGCACACAUUCUCUUUUGACCUAAAGUGCAAUAAGUUCAAUUUGCAUUUAAAAAUUAACUUGUAUGGGCCAUGUUCUAAAUUCCUUGCUCAUGUUAAUACACAUGGUAUGCAUUACAUCAGUGUAUUUCUUAUCUAUACCUUAUUUUUUAAGAGUAUUUUCACUUCUAGCUAAAACCAGCUGGCAACAUUGUGAGGCAAAGUAACUCUUGAUUGCCUAACUUACUAGAGGACUGUUUGCAGUGGCUAAGGAGAAUAUGAUAUAAAUAUUAGAGUUAAAUUCGAAUGUAGAAUGUAGGGGUCACUAGUCAAAUAGGGGCAAUAAAUCAAGCUAUAAUUGAAUGUUUAAAGCCCCAUAAGUCUAAGCAGUACCUUGUCUACUUAUAGAACCAUUUUCCAUUCUGCCAAUUAUUAGAGCUAUUUGUAAUAUUUCUGAUAAUCCGUAUCUGCCUUGUAAAUUACAGAGAAUACCGAUAACGUACUCACAUCUCCCAGUCACAGCACGCCUCCGUAAACUCCGGCCACAGUCUAAUAAGGGGCACCGCAUGGGUACCUCGUGUACUCAUCCCAGUGAGUCCCCACAUGUAAUACAUUGAAUAAAUUACUGUAAUGUACAAGGCUGGUUGACUGAGAGUGAUUUGCUGACAGCAAUAAUACUCCCAUUAGUAACAGCACUGUGCAUGUGCAUGUCGUCUGGGAUUACUGACAUCGAUCACACUUCUAUCAGCAAAAACACUGUACUUGCUGAGAUCUCUGUGCUCACAGCAUGUACUGACUGCCCGAGAGUGGUAGGUGAAUAAUUGUUGCAUGUUCAUUUAAUGGCAGCUGUGUAGAAAUUGUGUUGUGUUUUUUUUUUGAAAACUUUAAAUGUACUGUCACCGGUUAUCGCCCAAAAAGGCCAUCAAUAAUCUGUAUUCGCAUCAGCUCUGCAAAAAUGAAAUCAGUUGAUCCUUGUGUGUACAUUUGCUUUCUUGCCUGAAUAAUUUAAACCGUUCAUGAGCAGUCUAACCGUUAAGUUUGCCACCAGUGCUGGAUCUCCAGUUCCCAAUGCGGAAUACAGAUUCUGAAAUUGACUUUCAGGACGCGGGGUGUGGGGUGCUGCUGAUUGGCUAGUGCGGCCAGCUGAUGCUUUAAGCCAAUCAGUCGAUUUCCCAUUCAUAAAAUAAAAAUUGUAACCGUUAUAUUCACAUUGUUUGUAAACAAGCAUCCCUUAUUUUUGUUGUUCUAAAUUGAAGUAACUCCAAGUUAACUGAAGCGUGUGCCUACCGGAUUUAAAUACACAUGCCAAAAUCUCAUUCAAACCUGCAUAAUUUCAGUAUCAAGGCAAGGCAUGAACUAGUGUACGAUGCCUUUUAUAUCAAAAUGGCUUUUUGUAGAUACAAAGUAUAUUCUUUACUGUAAAAUCAGUAAGAAAAAAUUUAGCAAAACUUACCUUGUUUUACUUUGAAUAUAUUGCAAAUGUAUAUGCUUAAAUUGUUAGUGCAAUUUAACAAUCAUUGGACACACUGCACCUUUACGUUUAUGUAAUUAUACCCUGUUUUCUUUUGACAAAGCUUGCUUUAGCAGGUCUGUAAAUACCUCUUGUUCAUGUAUGUCAAACUUGUUUUGUUGUAAUUGCUCAUAGUUUGGAAGGGAAAUGUAGAUCUAUUUUACACAAAUGUCUCUGUCUUUGACUCUAUCAUCUUUUUAGUCCUGGACUUAUAGCUCCUGACUAAUGAAGCUGCUGGGAGCAUGUCACUAUUGCAUUCUUGCGCAUGCCUAGUAAACCAGCAGUAUAUUCUGUAUAUUCUUACAUGUACACAAUGUGAUGCCGUAUGCAUCUCAUGCUCAUUGCUUGAGAAAAUGUAUUUUCUUGUUAACCGACUGCUGAUAGGAAAUGUCAAGAAGUGGCAGUGAAAACUGUGCUCAUUGCUACUUUUUGCCAAAAAUUGUCUUGUCCACAAAACAAAGUCUCUCCUCAGUCAUAUGAGAUAUAAUAAAUGGAAUCUAAUAAAUCCAAUGCUUCUUAAUGAGCUUUAAACAGUUUAUUGAGGAGAGGGGGAGACAGGCGUGCGCUAAUAGUGUGCCUCCUGCUUCAUUUAGCUCUUUGGGGUUCAUGAAAGCGGAAGAAAACCUCCCUGGCUCUCUUAAUGGUGGUAAAAACACCUACCUGGCUGUCUAUUUAAAUUUAAAAAAAGUGCCAAUUUUAAUUGUCAUAUUUGGCAAGGCAACCUUUUAAAAGGGCUCUUGAAGCCCAAUAACCACUUUGGCUACAUUUAUUUGUUACGACAGAAAAACUGAGAUGUGCCCAUAAUCUCGAAUUGUUUUGACAGAAAUGUAUUGUCAAAUAGGAAUUAUUUCUCUCAUGCACUUGUAAGUCUUAUAAUUGACAUUGCCUUUCUGUCAAUCAAUCAUAAAUAUACUUCACAUAACAAGUUGUAGAUUUGUAAUCUUUUAUUUUCUGCUAGAGUAGUGUGAACUUUGCUCUGUACAUUUCCAUGAAGUUUUGAGGUGUGUUGCAAGCAUGUAUGAUUUGCAACCUUUUUAGCCUUAUCAGUACUUUACUAUUGCUGCACUCAGAAAUAAAAGCAUAGCCUUUUCAAAUGCAAAUGUGCUUUGUGAUUAAACCUAUUGUAUACCUAAAUGAGCGAGCAAAUGUAUUCCUAACACUAUAGCGCAGGGCUUGACAAAUUUGCUUUGACUCUAGGAGCCAGCUAAAAAUGUUGGGAGACAGGUUUUUUUUUUUGUAUUUUUUAUUUAUUUAUUUUUUUAAAUUUGUAUUUUAUUUGGUUUUGUACACAAAGUAUACACUUUUCCAUUAUAUGUGUUAUUAUAUUAUUAUAUGGGUUAGAACAGGUUCAAAUAACAUUUCGUUGGGCUACAUGCAUAAUAACAAGCACAAUGUCAGAGAUCCUUUACUGUGGCCUAGCAAAGAAACAAUUUGUACAUUUCUAUCUUUCUGCGGAGGUCCCCCUUUAAAGAGGUUGCUUAAUUUCGAGGCUGCUAGUUUUUAACAAUCUUCCAGCUUAUCCUAUAUGCGUGGGGUCAGGUAUUUAGGGUAAUAGCAUGGAGUGCUGGGUUAGGAGUAUCAGAAAUGGUAAGUAUCUUUCCCGGACCAUAUAAGCUUAUCUAUAUACAUGCAAAACAUUAUUAUAGCGGUUAAAUAUUGCGUUUCUCAUUCUGCUUUCUAUGUCCAUUGGCUGAUAUGCCUAGUUUUUUGAGGAAUGUCUCUGGAUCGUCUCCCGAGGUUAGGGUGAGUACGUCGGUGCCCUUUUGUACUGUUAGCGAUCCCUCUGUGCCCCAUCGGUACCGGACCGAUUGUUCUCUGUCUCUUAGUGACCGGUGCUAGUAGUCUCCUUGCGACAAGCACAGCAAACGGGAGGUCACUGUAUAUGGCUACCUCGCAUCCUUCAAAUUUUACCGACCCCAAUGGUCUGGAUCUGGCCAUGAUGGUAUCUCUCGCAGCUACGUUCCUGGUGGUAGCUAUUGUGUCUCUGGGUGCACACUCGGGUGCCGCUGGUGAUUUGCGCACCCUGAAGGCGGACAGAAUCAGUGGGGUGUCUGAAUUGCACCUGAGGCUCAUGGGGGAGGUGAGUCUUCGGACAAAGGGCAGUAAGUCUUCACCGCUCACCGUUUCAGGGAUACCUCUGAGGCGUAUGUUGCGGCGGCGGUGUCUGGUUUCCAGUGUCACCACCGCUCCUUGUAGGCGUCGGACCUUCUCCUUAAGAUCAUCCAGUUGCGGUUUGGUGUCUUGGAGUUGGUGGUCUCUGGAGCUUUCUCUGUUCUCCACCUCCUGGACUCUCUGUUGUAAGACUCCCAUUUCAGCACGUGUCUCCUGUAAGUCUGCCUUCCAGACCUGCCUUAGGUCGAUCAGCAGCUUUCUGAUGUCCCCCUUUGUUGAUGGGGAGUCAUCCUCCUCCGAGUCAGACCUAGGAGUGGGGCCCGGGAGGGAGGCUUGGGAGUCCCUCUCUUCCUGGGAGUCGUCAGAGGUCUCUAUCUCACUCUGCGGUUCCGGCGCCAUCUUGGCGGGCCGCGCUUGUGUAGGCCUCUGGAAUGCCAGCCUAAUGUCGGGUGCCGCGGGUCGCUCCGUGUAGGUUUGCUUUUUAUGUUUGCGCCCCAUGUUGUCGGCUGUCGGGUGGCAGGUAAGCUGUGCGUUUUUGGAGCUGAUUUCUCCUCUUUAAGGCUCUUAGUCUGUGGGGCCGAUGCAGAGCUCCACGGACAUGCGACUAUCCAGCUCCGUAGUCGGCCGUAUUUUUUUAUUUUUUAACAAAGCUUAAUUUUUUUCCCCAACGACAAAAAUACAAUUCUUAAAGGGACACUAUAGUCACUAGAACCACUACAGCUUAAUGUAGUGGUUAUGGUCUAUAUAGCCUGUCUCUGCAGGCUUUUCAAUGUAAUGGCAUUUUCAGAGCGGCAGUCACUCACGGGGGCUUCCUGGGUCAUUGCUGAACAGUGUGCAACACCUACAUUCAACGUCUCCACGCUUUGCAUGGAGGCGCUGAACAUUCCCCUAAGAGGUGCAUUGAUUCGAUGCUGACUGACAGAGCAGUUUGCCUAUGGGAAAGCAUUGGAUUGGCUGAGUUGUAUCUCAGCCGUGGAGGAGGAGGCAAGCCGUAACAAGAUCUGCACAGCAUGAGUAAAAACACCAUUCCCAUGUGAUCAUAGGGGGGCAGGUCACAUAAACUUACACGCUCACUGACAGACCCAAACACACGCUGACAAAUACAUUGACCGAUACACCCAUAUUGAAAGACACACAACACUGGACACACCUGGACUCUAGUUGGGUCUCCGGUCAGCUUCAAUCUAUUCUUGUUGUGCUCCCUCGCACGCUGUUUAUUGAAUAAUGAAGCCAUAUUUUGGAUCCCAGCCUCACAGCAGGGUGCGUGAGGGAGCAGAUAAAGGACACUACAGCUGCAUCACUACCUGGCUCCAUUACUUCCAACCUUCCGUCCACGCGCCCCCACUCUUCCGCAGCUGCCCGCCUUCAUUCACCCGCCACCCCUCUCGAAGGGAAUGAGCUGACAAAUCAAAAUGGAAUUUGUUGAGCCCUGCAAUAGUGUUCUCUUGACUGGACUAUUUUUUUUUUUCCAUCUCCAAGACUUGCUCAAUGCAGCCGCCUGAUCAUCCAUCUGUGACUGCACCCAAUCUGAAAAUCACUGAAAUGAAAAUUAUGUUGCAGGUCUGUUUUAUGCUACAAAGCAAAAAGAUACUGUAGCAAAAGUUACACACAACUUAAUUUUACCAAUAAUUGGUAAUGGCCUUCUGCAUCUCUAGCCACCAGCCAAGAAAGCGCCACGUCGUGACCUCACGUCACCCCUUUUUUUGAGCCCCUGUAUGCAGAGCUCAGCUGAAGGCAGGGAGAGAUGGUGUAAUGUACUGGGCUGGCUAGCAGAGUGAUACAAGUAACGGCAACAGCACUAUUCAUGUUGGGAUCUCCCUGAACCCAGCAUGUGCUGGCUGCCUCUACCUAAUGCUGUCCGCAUGUUAAGUUAAUGCCAGAUACAUGUAGAAAUUCUUACUUUUUGAAACUUUAAAUGUACCGAAUAUUGGCACCAGUUAUCGACAAUUGGCCUGAAAGCAGAUAAUCUGCAUUGGCUCUGGAAAAAUUCCACAUCUUCAUUGUUAUUGCUAUAAAGAACCCUUUCCUCUACUAUAAGCCUCAAUGGGUGACCUCUUGUCUGUUGUAUAUUCCUGCUAAUAAACAGGUUAGCGCAUAGCAGGAAAACUAAUUUUUUCUAGCCAUUCUUUAGAACUGUUUUCCAUUUUACAUAUUAAUUGUGUAGCUCACCUCUACACAUUUUCUAGUUCUGCAGUAUCCUUCUUUAAAACUUAUUUAGUGUUGCUUUAAAAUUCUCCUCAUUGAAGUGGUUAUAUUACCUGGCGUUCUCUGGUGCUGUCCUUCCAUUCAUUGUUAAAUUGUUGAGCUGUAGUGGGAUGUGAUGAUUGUCUCAGAAUGUCAGCUGACCACUCUCAGCAUAUCAUAGCUGCCCAUUGUUUUUUUUUUUUUUUUUUUUUUUUUUUUUUUUUUUUUUUUUUUUUUGUCUUGGUAUGGCUAAGGCAGAUAGUAAUCCCUGCCUUAUCCAUACCUUGAGUAGGGACCAGGCUGUGGGUGGCUAAGGACCCUCAUUCAGUGUUAAACUGUUCAUAAAUUAUGUUACAUUUAAUAUCUAAUAUUUUUGAGAAACUGUGCAGUCUGUUAGUACUCAUGUUAAUGACAUGAUCUUUCAUGUUAUGUAAUGGUAACACAUCUCUCGUCUAUGUGUGCACUUUGACCCGAGUAUGAAUUCUAGUUAAUCCGAAAAAGCCUGUGUGUGUGCAUGAAAGUGAAUGAGUGCGUAUUAUCUCCAGUGAUUAAGUCCUGUUAUGGCCAUAAAACUGCUACUUUCUUUUUAUAUGAUUAUAUUUUUUGUGUUUUAUUUCUUUCUAGGCUCUCUCUUACUGGAGUCCAAAAUUAACCCCAACACAGCUUAUCAGAAGCAGCAGGUAAAUCUUUCAUGUGUAUAAUUAUAUUUUAUAACAUUGGAUCAAAUAUGAAAGGAAUAGGUCUCUUUAGUGAGAAAAUCACUCUUUAUAAAAUGGUAAUAUUUUAAGACUACCUAAAAUGUAAAGUAAAUCUAUAACAUAUAUUUCAGUUUAUGGUAAACUCUGGUCUUAAGAAAUAUAUUAAAGGACCACUGGAACAAAGUUUAGGUGUGAUGUGGUCCCGGGCACUGGCUUACCUGAAGGUGAUAAAUCAUUAAUGAAUUAACAGUUUAACUCUAAAGUUGUCAAGCCCAAUCUCUCUGCCCUAGAACUUCUGCUCAAUGUAUUAGGAUUCAGUCCGGAAGCCUCGGGCGAGGUGUGGCUGCUAUGUACCUUUUUACACUCUUUUCUCAGUUGGAAGCCACUCUCACUGGAGACCGGUGCCUUGGACAUUUAGCAUAAGUUCAGGCACAGAGUUAUUGGGAGCUGACUUGAAGACUUUAGUGUUAAACUGUUAAUGGUUUAACCUCUUUAGGUAGCCGGUGCCCUGCACCCUCUUGCACCAUAGCUUCAUUAUGAUGAACUUAUUUAUGAAAGGGACAUUCUAGGUUUGAUAUCCAUUGCAUUGCACUGUAGUCACCAGUGAUUUGUCAAGCCAUUGAUUUAACCAUUUGAAUCUUACCAUGCUGUGUUGGGUGCCCAUGUGCCUUCUAAUGUAAGUUGAUCUGAAAAUUCAUAGAUUUAUGAACUUCUAUUUUAUCAGACCAACCUAUACCAGGUUUAAACUAUUGUCAUUGAAUGAAAUUGUCUGCUGAAGGCUUGAUGCUUUUCUGGGUCCUAUUAAAAUGUUUUACAGAGCCUUACUUCUUACUUACUUAUUUUCAGUGCGGUUUCAGAUAGGCUUCAAGUGGUUUUAAAUAGGAAAUACAUAGCAUCUCCAGGUAUUCUUAUUAGGGGACUUUGCAAAAAGUGAGCUCACCUCUCUUUUUGGCUGAGGUAUGGUCAUAAUGCUUCCUCAUGCAAUAAGAAUCAUCCCCAUCACAUUACAAAGUUGAGUUGCAGUUUUAUAAUGCCAAAAACAGAGCGCGCUAUCAACUGCAAAAAGUACAGUAUUUCCAAGUAUACAAUCUGGAAUAAAUAAUAAUGGUGCAGACUACCUGGUAACACCAAAAUAGAGAUACAGGGCUGUGUCUGGGAGAACUCACAUGUGCCAGAGCCCCAUCACCUCUGGCUCUGGGUUUGAGUAGCCUAACUCGAGAGGGAUUUUUCCCAUAGCUUAUAUCAGAAAAGAUGUCUCCAUUCCAUCAAAUGUGUAUCUGGUGCUUAUGUGCAGUAUAGGAGGGAUAGAGAGGCAGUAUUGUUCACAACCACUAAGAGCCUGUACGGCUUGUGAAAUCCUUUACCCCUUUCACUCUGAAGGGGGAAUCUUUGUAUUUUUUCACAAUUUAAUAGAUAUAUACCCCAAUGAAAACAAACAUUUAAUUAUAAAUGUUUUCAUUGUGUGUGUGUGUGUAUGUAUGUGUGUGUGUGUGUGUGUGUAUAUAUACUAGCCCUACAGUAUCUCACAAAAGUGAGUACACCCCUCACAUUUUUGUAAAUAUUUUAUUAUCUUUUCAUGUGACAACACUGAAGAAAUGACACUACAAUGUAAAGUAGUAGGUGUACAGCCUGUGUAACAGUGUAUAUUUGCUGUCCCCUCUAAAUAACUCAACACAGCCAUUAAAGUCUAAACCGUUGGCAAAAAAAAAGAGCAUACCCCUAAGGGGAAAUGACUUUCUGUGGUUGUGCAAUCACAGACUUCCCAAUGCAGCUCAGUUAGAAGUCUUUGCAAGUCAGGUGCUCUUGGAUUUAGCUCCACUGAGCUAAACAACCAGGCAGUAGCACAACCAGUUGUCUGUUUGACAGCUACGGGGUGUAACCAGGUUAAUUUAUAAAAGUGCCAAUUUCUUUUGAAAUUUGCAGCGUUUGUAAAAUGGGGAAAAAAGAGGACAAUCUCUAGACAUAAAGCAUUUCCCAAGAGAAAAUAUUUAGCAAUGCCCACUAUUUAGUGGUAGAUGCAAUGUUUGUCGAUUCUGCUGUGCUGGUUAAUACUCUCUACUGUCUAAAUUUUUAGCUGGAAUUAAACAAUAUCUUUCAUUGAAGGACACUUUGAUCGUGUGGUCGGAGGCAGAAAACUAUGACCUGGCACUUAGUUUUCAAGAAAAGGCUGGCUGUGAUGAGAUUUGGGAGAAAAUAUGCCAGGUACUUUACUUAAGGAAAAUAUUUUUUUACUAUAAAAAAACACUUCAAUCAUUUUUAUGUAAGCUAUUUACAACAACAGUAAAACUUUUUCGUUCUAAAGUUAUGAUAAAGCAAUGAUGAGAUACAUCUUUCUAGAUUAGAAUGUCUAACUGGAAGCCAAGUUUGUAUAACUGUUGUGCCUUGGUGAUUUUAGGAGAUAGUUAAAGUCUACUUCAUGAUUUUCUAUUGUUAAGGUUCAAGGGAAGGACCCCUCUGUGGACAUUACUCAGGACUUGGUAGAUGAGUCUGAAGAGGAACGAUUUGAUGACAUGUCCUCACCUGGCUUGGAGUUACCACCCUCUGAGCUGAGUCGCCUCGAAGAGAUAGCUGAGGUUGUGGCUUCUUCGUUACCUUCUCCAAUGCGCCGCGAGAAGCUUGCACUAGCCCUAGAAAAUGAGGGCUACAUCAAAAAGCUCCUGGAACUCUUCCAUGUUUGUGAAGAUUUGGAGAACACUGAAGGAUUGCACCACUUGUACGAAAUUAUAAAGGGUAUCUUCCUCUUAAACCGAACUGCACUGUUUGAGGUCAUGUUUUCUGAAGACUGCAUAAUGGACAUCAUUGGAUGCCUAGAAUAUGACCCAUCUUUGCCCAUGCAGAGAAAACACAGGGAAUUUCUAACAAAAACCGCAAAGUUUAAAGAGGUGAUUCCCAUAUCGGACCCGGAACUUAAGCAGAAAAUCCAUCAGACAUAUAGAGUUCAAUAUAUACAAGAUGUUGUCUUGCCCACCCCCUCUGUCUUUGAAGAAAACAUGUUGUCAACGCUUCACUCCUUCAUAUUUUUUAACAAAGUGGAGAUAGUUGGCAUGUUACAGGUAUGUGGUCAAUUAUGUAAUCCUUUCAAAUGGUGGUUUUCCUCUGAGCUUUAGAAGGACCCAAAUUCCAUUUGCUUGCUCCUGCUGGCUACUGUGUAUGUAAUCCUACUGGUUUGCGUAUUUGCAGGGCAAUUUCCACAGUGUUCUCCAAUUACCUGUUAAUUAUAUAUUUACUUGACUCCAUGGUUACAAAAGGGUUGCAAUGUCUUCUCAACCCCACUGCCUAUUUAAAAGUUUAACUUAAAAUUUGAUGUCCUCAACAAUUUAAUCACAUUUUCAUAGUGGUUUACUAUUUAAAGGGACACUAUGGGUGCCUAGACCACUUCAUGUUGUUGAAGUGAUCUAGGUGCAGUGUCCCUGUCCCCUUAACCGAGAGAAUUUGCAAUGUUUGCAUUACGGGGUUAAGACUUCCACUAGAGGCACUUACUGCUGUUUCAGAACCACGCAGGACAUCAUCACGCUUUGCAUGAGGACGUCCAUCAUCUUGCAAAAUUUCAUAGGAAAGCACUGGUUCACUACUUUCCCAUGGGAAAAGCCUUAUGCGCAUUAAUUUCUCCCUUGUGAUGUCACGGAAAAGCAGGAUCUGGAAUUGGAUAACUGUUUUACCCGUUUGUUGCUGGAAUUGGGUCAGAGCGGCACUAUGUUGUUAGAAAUACAGCUUGUUUUUGUAACACUAUAUUGUUCCUUUAAAUGAACCCAUGACCUAAUUUCCCAUAGCAGACAUGCUGUAUAAAAAUCUUUAAGACUGUUCUACAGCCAUUGCCUCUUUUUAGGAAUGCAUUAUAAAUAUGGCAACCGCAUCUAACUGCAGGGUAUGUCUGCAAGUUUUAUAGAAUAAAAUCAGUUAAUCUAUAGCUCAGUUUGGGAUGAUUGGAGAACAUCAUGGAACUUGUGCCACCACAGCUCAUUGAAUAUGCUCAUGCUCAUUACAUUAGCUCAAGAAGUGACAUUUGUUAAAUUUAAACUUGCAACUGGUAUGCGUUUACACCCAUCUAUUGCCAUGUAUAGUGUAAAAUGCUUAAGAUUUACUACUCUCAGAGCGUCUCAUUUCAUAUGGUAUAGGUUAAAAAAUAUACAAACGCUUCAUAUUGACACAACCACCUAAACCAUACUGAUCAAUAUUUUGCAAGUGACGUUCCUCCUUCAUUUACUGCACUCCAGGGGGUGGCUGCUUAAUAAACUGUGACAGACUCCAGACACACACAACAUUUCAACAAGUGGAAGUACUUUAUUUGUGUGGAGUGUUCCUUUAAGACAGUAGCUGUUACCUGGCUCGUAUUUUGCUUUGCUUUGUCCUACCCCCCCCUCCCCCCCCCUUUUUUAAAGAAUUUUUUUUUUGGGUUUUCUAAUUUUUUCUGACAAAUGUGGUGGAAUAUUGCAGGCUGUUUAAAAAAAAAUAAAAAAAAAUCAUAAUAAUAAAUAUUACCUUAGCAAUUUUUUUUUUUAACAGGCAAUAUUGGGGGGGCAAGGGGGGGUUGAAUCUGUAUUUGAGGAGGAUUUAUCAAAGUGUUUUGUUCUAAAAAAUGGUGUAAACAAUGUAAAAGAUGUCGUUUUUGCAAAUGGAGUGUGCCUGCUUGUUCCAUUAUUUCCAUGGUGAUUGCCUAAUUUUUAGUACUUAAAGGGACACUCCAGGCACCCAGACCACUUCUGCCCAUUGGAGUGGUCUGGGUGCCAAUUCCCACUACCCUUAACCCUGCAAGUGUAAUUAUUGCAGUUUUCAUAAACUGCAAUAAUUACCUUGCAGGGCUAACUCCUCCUCUAGUGGCUGUCUACUAGACAGCCACUAGAGGGCACUUCCUCAAUGCUUUUCAAUGCUUUCCUAUGGAGAGGUCUAAUGCACCUGCGCGGCAUUGCUGCGCAUGCGUAUUAGGUCUCCACCGCCGGCGGGCGCGAUCAGUCGCCCCCGCCGGCUGACGUGAUGAAGGGGAGGAGCAUGAGCGGAGGAAGAAGCAGCGACGUGGGACAUGUCGGUGCCUCUGGUAAGUCACUGAAGGGGUUUUCACCCCUUCAGCAACCAGGAAUGUGAGGUGGGAGGGAGAGGGGACCUCCAGUGCCAGGAAAAGAUUGUUUUCCUGGCACUGGAGAGUUCCUUUAAGACCACCUUUUAGAACCGAUAAAUCUCCCACAAUGUCUCUUAAAUAUCAGCUUGCUCAUUUUAGUUGAUUGAGUUUCGACCCAGUGUUUGAAGCCCACUGGAGCAUGCCAGUAGUAAUAGUGAGUCGAGUAGAUGAUGUAAAGAUAAUUUCUCAUGACACAUCUUCUGUUUGAUAAAUAUCAACAUGCUUGGAAAGUGCUUUGCAACAGUUCUGUACUGUUAAUACUAUGAUGCUGGGUUCUGUUUUAUUUAUUUUUAUUUAUUUAUUUUUUUUAAAUUCUUUAUUUUUUUGUGCAAUAGGGUGUACAAACAGGCCUGAGGUGCCACGAUAGCAGGACAGGCUUAUCAACAUUUACAUUAUCGUGACAAGAUUGAGUUGCACAUUUUAGUUUUUUGGAAUGAACAUUUACACAACACAAACAUUUGUGUUGUGUAAAUCAGCUGCUGUGGUAACGAUGUAUAUGUUGGUCAAAAAGCUUAAGCUGGGCUGAGGAGCCUGGGGCUAGUAUUUUACGACUGCUUAGCAGCAUGAGUGACUUAUAUAACAUUAGUUGUCAAAAAGGGUUCUAUAAGGUUGUGCAUGAUAAAAUGGCUUGGGCACUAGCGUCCACUGAGUGGAAUGGACUGUCAGGGCAAUGGGAGCGUUUGGUCCUGCGUCUCCUAUGCCGGCUGGGUGGCGGCCUCAGUAUGGGCAUCGUUAUGCUCCUUAAGUCAUAUGUCUCUAACUCUUGUGGUUGGUUUUUAGGAGUGUGGGCUACGGGAUGUAUGUGCGGAGGUCUAUGUCAGGGGAUAAGGGAUAGCAUAGCGUGGAGGCUGGAGACUGCGUGGGUUUCGGAACGCUUGUAUCGGGGUUGGUGCGUCAUCGACACCUGGGUAGUAUUCUGGGUCUUAUGAAUUUUACGCCUCUGGGUGCAAAUUAAGUGGUUUUGGGAUUGUCCGAGGGUGAAUGGAGGGGGGGGGAGAGAUUUUGGGCUCUCGGUUGUCGGGCCAUAGUGACCAUCGUCAGUGGCUAUUGGGGUGUGUUAGCAUCGGAAUCAUUGUGAACACAAACAUAUACAUAAACAGGCAUUAACUAAUAAGGCAAGCAAUUGUAAUAUAAACAGUCUACUCAGGUUGUGGCUGUGGCACGUCUGUCUGCAGAAAUAAAGGGGGUGACCCUUGCCGGGUCCCAUGCAUGCAACGGUUUUGUGGCACCUCUCUUGCUAGGCCUGGUAAGUGAGUCCUGCGGGAGGCCUAGGGUUGCCAGCAGGGCAGCCGCCUCAUCCAGAUCUCUGACUUUGUGGGUGACGUUGCCAUUUUUGAUCUGUAGUUUCCGAGGGGUGCGCCAUCUGUAGGGUAUGUCACCAUUUCCAAGUGCUGCUGUGAAGGGUUGCAGGGAGUGUCUCCAUAUGAGUGUGUCCUCUGAGAGGUCAGUGCAAAAUAUCAGUGACAUAUUUUCAAACCGAUAAGGCGAUAGUCCUUUCAGUGCCGCCAUUACUGCUGCCUUAUCCCUGUUGCAGGUAAGUCGUACCACUAUGUCUCCAGUGGCGGGUGCAGGUGCUUUCUGUGGAUUCGGAAAGCCCCAUCGAUGUGGAUGUUCUUGGCCUGUUUGGGGGUCAGCAAGGCACAGAGCAGUCUCCGUAUCGUGUGAGGGAGUUCCUCUGCAGGUAUUUCGUCUGGAACACCUCGUACCUUGAUGUUUCGGCGCCAUGCAUCUUCCAUGAGGGCAAACAUUUGUUCAAAGGUUAUCUGCUGACUUUGAAGGCGCCGCAUUUCGUCCUCCAAUGAGGCGAUCUGUGUGGAUUGUUGCGUGGCCGUUGUUUCCACAGUCUCGAUGUGACCCGCAAUGCCCAAGAGUUCAGAGCGCAUGUCUGCCUGCAGAUUUUUCUGGAGGCCUGCCAGCAGUUCCUUCAGGGUGGCCGUGGUCACAGGCUGGGUGUCGGCACUCUGAGGUAUUGCCUGGGCACGGUGGGGAUGUGGUAUGGGAGGUGACUCCCUGUCCAGAAGCGAUUCACCCGAGGAGUCAGAGUAGUCGGCGGCCAUCUUGGGUCCGCUCACGCCAUGCGCUUGUCGCAGGAGUUCCCCAAUGUUCACGCCCGUCUUUGGCUUGUCUGGCUCUAGCUUCUUGCUUUUGCAGCCCAUUGGUGGGUGUGCCACUGUUUUUGGGUCGCUGUGGGUGGUUUAUUGUUAGGGAUUUCUCAGUGUAACACGGAGCCCAUGUAUUGUGCGUCUGGCGUGCUUCUCUGUUUUAUUUUUUUAAGUUUGUUUUUAGUUGUGUUUUGCUAAAAGUGUUAUGUAUGUAAAUAAUUCAAUGGUACUUUUUAUUGUGUUUUAUUGUACUCCUUAAUGUAUCAUCUUUUCAUGUCCAGUGGUAUCUUACUAUAUGGAUGUGGAUAACAUGAAAAAACAAACAAAAAACAAUUGGUUAAUUGAAGCAACAUUGUGAUUGGUGCUUUGCGACUUCCUGGAUGUCUUUCAAAGACUCUAAAACAGGAGAUAUAGACAUGGGCGUCCGCAGGAAUUUUUCCAGGGAGGGGCAUAAUUGUAAUGACAUCCAUGCUUGGCCCUUUUUUGACAGUGUCAUGAAAGGGAAGGAGCAUAGUCAUUUUCACAUAAAGCCAGGGUGAAUAGCUUUUUUACAACUAUGGUGUCAGGAAUAUAUGUUUGUAUUCCUGACACUAUAGUGUUCCUUUAAUCAAAUUAAAGGAACAUUCUGGUCACCAUAACAACUUCAACUAAAUGAAAAUGCUAUGAUGCAAGGAGGCCCCUGGGCGCUCUCUUUCCUUUAAGGGGUGAUACCACUCUCAAAUGGUUUACCCCCAAAGGCUUCCUCCAGCUCCAGAUCUCCAGGUCGUUCAGUGGUAUUCAACUUCUUAAACCGAGUGUCACGAAGUGCAGAUUGACAUCAGGCACGGGUGCCGCUGAUUGGCUAAAGUGGUCAGCUGAAGCUCUAAGCCAAUCGCUAGUUCCCGAUUCAUAAAAAUGUUUUACGUUUUCAUGAAUGGGGAGCUACUGAUUGGCUUACAGUGCCAGCUGACCCUCUAGCCAAUCAGCGGAACCCCUACCCAGCGGCCCUCUGUUUCCUGACACUCAGUAAAUUAAAGUGAACACAUUAACACUGAUUUUUUUUAAUUUUUUUUUAUUUUAUUUUUUACCUUGGGAGAUGAGAAGGUCCAAACUUUCACUGCCAGGCCCAGGUACCAAAGCCUUAUGAUGUGGUGUCCAGAAUGAAGUUCUCCAAUCUCUUUUUCUCCUUCAUUUGACACAGUCUUCUUUUUCUUCUGAGGCUCCUUCUGCAGAGGUGGCUCUAGACUUUAUGAGGCCUUAGGCGAAACUCAAACAUGAGGCCCCACUAACAAGUGAAAAAAAAUAGAGUUGCAAUGCAUGCACACUGUCACAUACACAUUGAUGCACCGUUUACCUGUGUAUGUGCCUGAGAGUGUCUGACAGAGAGUAUCCGUGUGUGUGAGAAUGUAUAUCUCUGUGAGCAUGUUUGUGUUUUUGUCUGGUAUCCUAUGUGGAUGGGGUAGCUGCUUAAAGAGGGGGGUGAUGGUGAGAGGGAGAGGCGGGUGAUGGUGGGGGGGUGAUGGUGAGGGGUGUAAUGCUGAGGGAGGGGUGAUGGUGGCGGAGGGGGUAAUGCUGCUGAGGGAGGGGUGAUGGGGGUAGUGCUGUGGGUUGUGAGGGGGUGAUGCUGAGGGAGUGAUGGUGGGGGGGUAAUGUUGAGGGUGGUGAUGCUGAGGGGUAAUGCUAAGGGUGGUCAGGGGGAGAUAGUGAGGGGAUGAUGGUGAGGGAGGUAAUGCUGGGGGUGAUGCUGAGGGAGGGGGGUAAUGCUGAGGGUGUGAAAGGGGGUGAUAGUGAGGGGGGUGAUGGUGAGGGGGAAUGCUGAGGGGUGGUGAUGCUGAGAGGGGGUAAUAGUAAGGGAGGUGAUGGUGAGAGGGGAAUAGUGCCCCCCAUCCCUCACCUGAUCUGUAGGCUGCCUCUGUGCUGCUCCCCUGCGGUUUCAGUCAUGAGCAAGAAGCAGGGAUAAGCUGUAGCUUCCUGCCUUUUAACAUUCACAGUGCCUACUGGCCGCCGCCGGUAUUGCAGUGUAUUCUCACACAAACCAAAAAUUGCAGCACAAGCUGAAAAAUCCGGGGGGGGGAGGAGCAAGUGCCCCCUCUUUCCCCCCCCCGCCCAUGGAUAUAGAGGUAUUGUGCAAUUAUUGGUGCAUUAUAAUUUGCCUUUCAUUCAUAAAAAAUAUAGUGACACUUUGUGAUACAAAACACUUAAAGGACCACUCUAGGCACCCAGACCACUUCAGCUUAAUGAAGUGGUCUGGGUGCCAGGUCCAGCUAGGAUUGACCCAUUUUUUUUUAAUAAACAUAGCAGUUUCAGAGAAACUGCUAUGUUUAAUGAUUAUGGGUUAAUCCUUCCUCCAAUUCCUCUAGCGGCUGUCUCAUUGUAAAUGCUUUCCUAUGUGACCGGCUGAAUGCGUGCGCAGCUCUUGCCGCGUGUGCGCAUUCAGCCGAAUGGGAGGAUCGGUGGAGGAGAGCUCCCCGCCCAGCGCUGGAAAAAGGUAAGUUUUUACCCCUUUCCUCUCCCUAGAGCCGGGCGGGAGGGGGACCCUGAGGGUGGGGGCCCCCUCACGGCACUAUAGUGGCAGGAAAACGAGUAUGUUUUCCUGGCACUAUAGUGGUCCUUUUAGUAAUGAAAUUGUAGCUUAAAAAAAAAAAAAUUAUAUAGAAUCUGUACACAAGAAGUAAUAUUAUAUUCCUGUGCUACAAACCUAAACACCAAAACUAUAGGCAGGCAGUGUGAAAUGCAUCAUAUAUCCCAGAAUGCUAUGCACAUAGCUCAUGCAAUAACUUAAUUAGACUGAGCCUACUGUCUAUGGGUGUUCAUAUAUUUUACUACACAAUCCGAAGAAAAUUUAGGUAAGUAUAUAAUUGUCUGUUUGCAGUUCAUUUUGCUAGCAUAAUGUACAAAUUAAAUUAAUUUACUCAUCAUCUUGUCAUCUAUUGACUUACCGGGCACACAUUUUGUGUCAUGUCCUCCGAAAGAGAGACUCUCUGAAACCUCUGAAGAACACACAUAGUUCUGUCUCAUAGUUCAAAAAAUAUCUGAGACUGACAUGCUUUUCAAAGUCAAAUGACCUCCUGUCUAUCUGCCUGUUUUAGGAAGAUGAGAAAUUUCUGACAGAGUUAUUUGCACACCUCACUGAUGAAGCCACAGAUGAUGAGAAGAGACAAGAGUUGGUAUGUAUGAAGUCUAAUUCAAUGCUCCAGUCCUUCUCUGCGAGGAAUUGCAAAAAUGCUGCAGACUGUUUCCUAGGUUGUCACUUUUAGUUUUCCUCCAUGUUUACCCAUCCCCAUUGAGAUGAAGAGGGCAUAGUUUUCUGACAAAUUGCAUCACCCUAACAUCCAGACAGACUCGGAGAUGGUUCUCUUGCAGAAAUUCCAACAAAAUUGUCUGAUACUGAACUUCUAGCUGGGUUAGUAAGUUCAGGCACCAAUGUGCCAAUGCCAUACUUGUUCGAGUGCCAUGUAAACAGGUGCCCUGCUUUUCGUUCACAGCCCAAAUCACUUCUAAAAGUGGUUUGUCCAGUGCAAAUUAAUUUCAGUGGGUGUCAUUAAUGUUGCUUAUGUUCUUACAGUGCAUUUCUUACAUGUUUGUAAUUAUUAAAGUGAUGCAUUUAAUACUUAAUUUGGUUUAACUGCUUUUUCUACAUUUCAGGUCAAUUUUCUGAAGGAGUUUUGUGCAUUCUCUCAAACAUUGCAACCUCAGAAUAGAGACACAUUCUUCAAGACCCUGUCUAACAUGGGCAUUUUGCCAGCCUUGGAAGUAAUUCUGGUAAGUAUGAUCCCUACAUGACAUUUUUCCAUUCAAGUGCAUGGAAAAUGCAGUGUCAAAUUGCUGGGAAAUGUUCUUGUGGUAUCUUUUCAAGCUAUGUUCUCACAUGAGAAGGUGAUUCACAAAAAGGAACUAUAUUUACCUGUUCGUCCUUAAAUUUUCUUUUUCAUUCCUUUCCUUUCCUUCCAUCAUUCCUUUUCCUUCUUUCUUCCUCACCCACCCUUCCUUCCUCGCCUGUCCUUCCUUCCUUGUCCUGUAUGUGUUUUUAUUAAUUAAUACCGGUUUUAGCAUGGGUUUGAAUGAUCAGGGAAAAACCAUUUACAUGUGCAAGACUGAAAAUGUCUAUUCCAAAGACAUAGAACUAGUUUACUUUAGGCCAUGUUUAAUUUUAAUAUUUAAUAAUUUUUAUAUUUUUAAUACCAGUUUAAAAGUGGACCCCUUGCUGAUUGUUUAUUGCACACACUAUGUAUGCUGUGGGCCUAGUAGAUGGGUAAAAAUAAAUUUGCAUUAGCACCUUACUUUUGUGUUAAAGUGGCACUGUCAUGCCAAACUUGCCUUUUUCCUAUUGUUUCCUCUUCUCUUUUUCUCUGAGAAUCUACUCUUCUUUUCUUUAUUUCUGAUCUAGUAUUAUUUAAACUAUAAGACAAAGUAGGGACUACUUUGUCUUAUGUCUUUACCUACACUUUAUUUGACCAAAGGAGGAGCUUAAGUCAACUCCUUUUCCUGUGUCAAGGAUAAGUACUUUCUCUGACACAGAAAAUGGAGUUGACUUAAGCUCCUCCUUUGGACAAAUAAAGUCAAGCAUAGGAAAUAUAGAUAAGACAAAGUAGUCCCUACUUUAAAGAAAACUAGAUCAGGAAUAAAGAAAAGAACAGAUUCUGAGAGAGGAAGUGGAAACGAUAGAAGAAAGGUAAGUUCGGCGUGACAGUGCCGCUUUAAGAUCUUGGCUUAUAAGCAUUUGUUGUAAACCUUCUCCAAAGUGUAGUUAAAUGAGAGCUGUCAUUCAACACCUUCUUUUUUUUUUAUUUAUUUUUUUAUGAUAUUAAUCUUUCAUCAAGUUUUGAGAGAAAUUAGAUAUAUAUAAAUGAAGUAAAUGAAAAACAAAUGGUAAAAAAAUCUUUACCUUUAGUAUAUGACAUAAGACCAUCUCUGUGGAACGUCUCUGUGGUCUUCCUUUCUUCACUCCCUGCACAGAAGCAGAGAUUAAAUAUAAACUAAAGGUAGGAAUUGGGAUUUAUUUUUACAUAUAUUUUUAAAAACAAAUCUAUUUAACAUGGUUUUGAGGCAACAGUUGUCCUUUAAAAGCCGGAUCUUUUUUUAAAGCACUGCAAUUAAAGCUUUACAGCACUUUUCUUCGUUUCAGGGAAUGGAUGACGCACAGGUCCGAAGUGCAGCCACUGAUAUUUUCUCCUACUUGGUUGAAUAUAAUCCAUCCAUGGUCCGGGAGUUUGUUAUGCAGGAGGCCCAGCAAAAUGACGAUGUAAGUAGCUCCUCUCAUCACAUCAAAACAUCCUUUUAUUCAGUAUAAUAUUAAAGGGACACUUUAAGAAAUGUUAAUACAGCUAAUGGUAGUGUUUAUGGCGUCAUUGGUCUUUUGAGUUCCAUCCCAAACGUAAAACUUCCACUUAUUUCAGAGCAGCUGCAGGGAGGCUGGGCUUUGAAUGGUUGAGAAAGUCUCUGUUUAUGUAAAACAGCUCAUAAACUAGGUUUGACAAAAAAAGGGGGUGGUGUGGGGGAGAGGGGAGGUUGGGAAGUUAGCACCUCUAUUUACAUAGCAUUAUCAUUACUAUGAUCUGUAGUGUUUAUGGUAUUUGUGUUUCAAUAAUGUCUUCCAUACUAGGCAAGGGUUAUGUUUUUCACGGCACUUUUCAAGAGCCUGCUAUACCAAAUGUUAUGGUAAAUAACAAUUUAAUCUGUGACAUGCAACGGAAGUCUUACAGUAAAAUGAUGAUACCUUGUGAUGUUGAUCUGUCGAUAUAUUUUAUAAUUGGUGAUAUUCUUUUACAGUUUUAUGUUUCAGGUAAAGUAUAUAUUAACUUUUAACUCUCUUUAGCUAACUUUAUACAUUUUUAAAAAUCUUUUACAGGAUAUUUUGCUGAUCAAUCUCAUCAUAGAACAUAUGAUUUGUGAUGCCGAUCCUGAGCUUGGAGGUGCUGUACAGCUCACAGGACUUCUUCGCACUUUAGUCGAUCCUGAGAACAUGCUGGCAACAACCAGUGUAAGGAAGAAAACCAACAGCUACUUGCCAUCUCUGUCGCCACUGCUUUGGGUUUCUGUUUGCCCUCUGUCGCUUCUGCUUGGGUUCUUUGUCACAGUUUGCCGCUUCUUGUAGUCUCUGCCACUGUUCUCUCUCUCUGCCACCUCUUGAACUUUCUCUAUCACUUUGGAAUGGCUUUGUCCCACUUUAUCCUGUCUUUGUUUCUGUAGUGAAUGUCGCCAGCUUCCUGCAUGUUAUUUUGCUUCCGGUUUGUCUCUUUCUAUACAUUGUAUCGACCUGUAAAGUUAGUUUCUUACACUAUAAUGUAGCUUUCUGUAAUGUUUCCUCUGUUUUACACAUCUAGAUUGUGCCAUGACUCAAUCCAUUGUAACUAUUCUCACUGUAUUUCUUCCUUCUGUAACAAUCUACAUAGACACUAUACUUAGUCCCGUUUCGCACUGUAUGUUUGCAGUGAUGACAAGAUCAGUGUCGCUGUUGCCAGGCUGUCUCCUGCAACCCAACAUCAAUGAAAUUAUUUUAUUUUCAUAGAAAACAGAGAAGACAGAAUUUUUGGGAUUCUUCUACAAACACUGCAUGCAUGUUCUCACCGCUCCAUUACUGGCCAAUACCACGGAGGACAAGCCUAGCAAAGGUUAGGCAGUAUAUUUUGAUACUGUAUUGUAUUGGGGAAAGGGGUGUCUCUCCACAUCUGCAUUUUAAUAGGAGUGUAGUUUUAUUUCACUGCGUCACAUAUAGAGGAUAGCAUAUGGAUACCAUGAAAGUAGCUGUUAUUGUGCUGAUGUACACUAAUAGUAUGCAUAUGCUUCCCUCUGUAUGUUCCAAUCCACCAACAGCACACAUGGUGCUUUUAUUGAUAAAAAUUUGUGCAAAGUUACUGAUUCCGGAGAUUGGCUGUAGGUAGUUCUAGAUUAAACAGUCUCUGGUUACUUUGACUAUCUGUCAUGUAUUUUUUAUUUUAUUUUGUUUUUUGUUCUUUUUGUUAGAUGAUUUCCAGACUGCCCAGCUUCUCGCGCUUAUCCUUGAACUGCUGACGUUUUGUGUAGAGCAUCACACUUACCACAUAAAGAACUACAUCAUCAACAAGGACAUUCUGCGCAGAGUGCUUGUGCUUAUGUCUUCCAUGCACUCGUUCCUGGCUUUAUGUGAGUUUCCGAACUUAAUUUGCCAUUCUAAAGAUAAUAAAGAAUUGUGAAUAGGUACUGAAUUUAAUAAUGCAUUGAUGUCUAAAGCCAUUACUAACAGAAAUUAAAAACAGUGUUUUUUAACUGGUGUUUAACCCCUUAAGGACCAAACUUCUGGAAUAAAAGGGAAUCGUGACAUGUCACACAUGUCAUGUGUCCUUAAGGGGUUAAACUUCUCAGGAUGCACAGAAUAACAGUAGAAAUUGAUAAUGUAGGCCAACAAUUUGCGUUACAGUUGUCAUUUCUUAACGGUUUUCCAGACCAAUGAAUAAACCUCAAAAUUGGAGGACUUUUGAUAAAAAGGAAAUACUAAGAUUAUUUAAAAAAAGAGUGCCUGCUCACCUAGUGAUCUGUGCUGGGCAUCUGGCAAAGCACAGUGUCAGUCACUUUUGUGACUGACUAAUGUAAACCCCAGGGGUCACCCCAAUCUGAAGGAGUAUUUUUAUUUAUUUUUUUGUCCCCCAGAGUGGGGUGCAGGCAGAUAAUCACAAAAAAAUCCCUUCUUGACUCCAUAAUGCAAUCAGAUUUUGUUCAUUGGAUCAGCAACAUGUUCACAUAUCUAUCAUACAUACAGUGGCAGUAAAAGCAUGUAGACACUCUCUAUAUUUUCCUUUUAAAGGACGUAUCAGGGUACUAAUGAGUUUAAGGUUUGUUGCCAGUAGAAGUAGGGGAACAAGUUGUGGACCAAGGGUUUUAAGUUCUCCUAGGUGCUUUGGAGUGUUAGCAGUUAUGCUUGAAACAGAAUGAAACUUCUUACAUUUGUGCACUGGUGCCAGUAUUUUAGUGGGGGUGGGGGGGCCUUAAAAAAAAAAAAAAAAAUUGCAAACCAUAAGGUUUCAAAAUACAAUCUGUAUCUAAUUCUAUCCUAGUGCAGAGCACAAUGCGAUUAUCAUGUAUUUAUUUUUAAAAUUUGCAGGUGCACUGCGAUUUAUGAGGAAGAUUGUUGGUCUGAAGGAUGAAUUCUAUAACAGAUACAUUGUGAAAAGUUUUUUGUUUGAGCCCGUUGUAAAGGCAUUUCUUAAUAAUGGUUCCAGAUAUAAUCUAAUGAACUCUGCCAUCAUUGAAAUCUUUGAAUAUGUUCGAGUGGUAAGUGUUUAUUGGAGUAUUACAUUGCUUUCCUUUGUUAAGGGUCAUCCUUUGGUGAUGAACAUCACUGUGGCUCAAGAGGUGUUAAAUAUAUGUAUAGCGUAUGCCAGUAUGUAUUAUUUGCAUUAUUUUGGUUUUCUAGAGAGAUGGUCAGGUCAUUGUUCUUGGCACUAGGGUUUAUUAUUACAAUUAGUGGGGUUUUUUUUUUGUUUUGUUUUUUUCUUGAGCACUUGAUUGAAAAUGUUAUAAAGUACAAAAUGAAUGACAAACUGAAAAUAUAAUCACAACAUUUUGUCAAUAAAGGUACAUGUAAUAAUGAAUAACAAAUUGUAUCUGAGAGCAAUUAUUAAUAACGGCAAAUAAAAAGGGGAUAUCCCAUUCACUACAAUUGCAACAUACAUAUUUUGUUUACGCAGGAAGAGUCCUAGCUAAAGUGAAUUGCUUUUUAGGAAAUUAAAAGGGGCAUUAUAAGCAUCAAAACAACUCAACAACUAAUGGAGUGAUUUUGGUUAAGCCAUCAUAUCCCCAACUGUCUCACUGCUCAAUUCCCUGACAUUUAGGAGUUGAAUCACUUUGUUUAUGCAAUCAUAGUCACACUUCUCCUGCAUGUUGUGGGCGUAUCACGAUAGACAAUGUUAACAUCUCUAGGUGCAUUGCAAGUAUUAACCUAAAAGUUGUGCCAAAUAUCAUAAAUUAUAAUUAGACUAUAUGAGUUAAAUGAAACGGAUUAACCCCUUAAGGACCAAACUUCUGGAAUAAAAGGGAAUCAUGACAUGCCACACAUGUCAUGUGUCCCUAAGGGGUUAAAUACUAUUUAAAGCCAAAAUUAUUAAACCAGGAGAUGCUGCAUAUCAAGGACAGGCAGGAGUUUAAGAAACCUCUCCAUUACAAUCCUUUCGAUUACUCUCAAUUUUUUUUGUGUUGUGUUGGUUUAUUCUCCAUUUGUUUAGUUACUUUGAUGUGUGUCAGGUUGUGAUCUAAUACUCCCUUUAAGAUUCUUGCCUUUACACACCAAUAUUUGUUACAUUGUUACAUCUGCUACUGCUCCACUAAUGCUUGUCUGAUGUAAUCCCGUGUGUUAGCCUUCCAUACGCUAUACUGUAAUAAAUACUUCAAAUAUGUUAAAGGGACACUAUAGUGACAGGAAAACCGCUUGGUUUUCCUGACACUAUAGUAGCCUGAGGGUGCCCCCAACCCCUACAGCUACUCACCCUUUUCCCCCGCUGGGCUCCCUUACCUCUCCUCCCCCGCUGACGUCAGCAUACUUGUCUGACGUUACCGGCGCCGAAUGCGCAUGCGUGGCGCAUUCAAAGUGUCCAUAGGAAAGCAUAUUUCAAUGCUUUUCUAUGGACGCUUUGCGUGAUUGAGGCAUAAUAUGCCUCAGUCAUUGCCGAAGCGCCUCUAGUGGCUGUCCGGAAGAAAGCCACUAGAGGCUGACUUAACUCCAGAUGUAAACAUAGCAGUUUCCCAGAAACUGCUAUGUUUACAUCAGGCAGGGUUAACCCUAGAGGGACCUGACACACACACCACUUCAUUGAGCUGAAGUGGUCUGGGUGACUAUAGUGUCCCUUUAAACAGUUUCUCCUAGUUCUAUGACUAACUUGGUAAGUACAAAUCAACCCCUAGACAGAAAGUCUGUGACAACCCCUAGACAACUGGUAUGCCAAGUAUGACCUACAGUCAUUUACUGUAAAGAUAGGUUGACUAUUUUAACUUCCUUUUUUGCACAGUCUUUUUAAUUUAGAAUUAAGCCAACCAGUGCCGCCUGUGCGUUAAUAAAAUUUAUUUAACAGAGCAAGAAAUAAAAACUUCCAUAGUGCUGUCACUUCUUUCUUGAAAAUGAAACCAUUUUUAUCAUGCAGGCUGGUCAGAAACAAAAAUGGUUUAGCUCCUAAAUGUCAGAGAAUUAAGCAGUAAGACUGUAGAGGCAUUAUCUAUACACAAAAACUGCUUCAUUAAGCUAAAGUUGUUUUGGUGCUUAUCGUAUUCCUUUAAAAUAUAUCUUCUUUUGGCAGUUGUAUGAUAUGAUGGCAUUUCCAUACUUAUGCAGUCAAUGGGUAGAGGGAAAGUUUAGGUUAGAAACUGUGCUCGGUAUCUGAAGCUGUGUAACCACUUUUACAUUUAAUUCUUUUCCUCGUUAUUUAACAGGAAGACAUAAAGUCAUUAACAGCCCACAUAAUUGAGAAUUACUGGAAGGCAUUAGAAGACAUUGAAUAUGUGCAGACAUUUAAAGGGCUCAAACUGCGAUACGAUCAGCAGCGUGAGAGACAAGACAACCCUAAGUUGGACAGGUAAAACUGCUGGAUAGUAACUGCACAGAAUUGUGGCUUGUUACAAAGAUUAUCCCCACCCCCACAGCAGUAAAAGAGGUUAUGUCACAUAUAAUGGUUCAUACCAGGACAGAUAGUAUUGACUUGUUUAAUGCAAUAAGCACAGGAGUAUUAACUAAAGCGAUUUUUAUCAUUCCAUUUUGGCAGAAGGGUUGGUGGGGAAUUCUACAUCGAUUACCUAUAGUCAAGAAACUUCACCUGCUGUAUUAAACUGUAAAUUAGUUCAGACACUUAAACCUUCAAACACAUAUUUUUUUCCUAAAUUGUACAAUUUGGUUCUCAAGUCAUUUAACACUUUGGGUAUAAUAGCUCUACCAUAUGAAACUGGGCAUCCUCCAGCCUGUCUGACAAAACAAAAGUAAUACCAGAGAAACAGCAAAAAUAAAUUGUAUGAAGAAAAGUAAUAUAAAUUAUUUGUUGUACUUUUGCACAUCCAUUUUGAAGAGAUUAACCUCCCACCUCCCUUUUGUCAUUUUUUUUUUUUUUUUGGUUAUCAAACUUGCUAGCAGAAAUUGAGUGCCUUUUCAGUAUUUUACCUCUGCCGGUUACAGUUCCAACAGUCUCUGAACAGCAGUAGUAACUUAAAUGAUUUAAAAAACUGUUCUUAGUUCCAUGUUCUAACUGUAUAUUUUUAUUUUUUGUCAAUGGUUUCUCUGCAGCAUGCGAUCCAUACUAAGAAAUCACCGGUAUCGACGAGAUGCCCGCUCUAUAGAGGAUGAAGAGGAAAUGUGGUUUAACACAGACGAGGAUGAUUUAGAGGAUGGAGAGCCUGUUGUACUUCCUUCUGACAAAAUAAAGAAUAGCGAAGAUCUCAUGGAUCCAAUAAGCAAAUUCAUGGAAAGAAAAAAAUGUGAGUUUAUAGCAUGA